GCUAUAGCUUUACACAUAUGAUCUCUGCAUGAUUCUGAUUCUAAACAAUGAUAUUGUCUGCAGAUUGUCUGUAACAGUAACAAUAUUCUUGAUGUUGAUAGCAUAUAGCAGCAGUCUCCUGUAUCGUUCUUGAUGUUUAUGAGCUGCUGCCUGCUAAGAAAAUGAAUGAUGAAGAUCCAUCAGAUUCUGAGAACAGUCUUGACACAAGAGCCCAAGAUAACAUUACCGGGUCUGCACCAAGACUGCAGCCAGCACGACCCUCUGGGAAUUUACAAAGGCUUCAUCCAGCCCAACCUUAUGAGAAUUUCCUAAGGCUACAGCCAGCAAGAUCUUCAGAGAAUACGCCUCGGCUCCAAGUCGCAAGAUCUUCAGAGAAUACCCCUCGACUCCAACCAGCAAGACCUUCAGAGAAUACUCAGACUCGGCACCAAGUUGCAAGAUCUUCAGAGAAUACUCCUAGACUCCAAGUUGCAAGAACUUCAGAGAAUACCCCUCGACUCCAGCCAGCGAGACCUUCAGAGAAUACUCCUCGGCUCCAGUCAGCGAGACCUUCAGAGAAUACUACUCGGCUCCUAGUUGCAAGACCUUCAGAGAAUUCUACUCGGCUCCAAGUUGCAAGAUCUUCAGAGAAUGCUCCUAGGCUACAACUUGCAAGACCUUCAGAGAAUGUACAAAGGCCGCAGGCAGUUCGACCCUCUGAGAAUGUUUUAAGACCACAGUCAGGUCAACCUACAGAGAAUGCUCCAAGGCUUCAGCCAGCAAGACCUUCAGAGAAUGUCCCUCCAGAAAUCAGCAUCUAUGACUGUAACAGUGAGGAAGAGGACGAAGCUGUCCCACCUCCUCCCUCUAGGAAGCGGGCGGCUCUUUCCCCUCUCAAGCCGCUGAACCCCACCGUGUCAAAGACCCUCGAGUCCAACCAGCCCACCAAAGCCAAAGCAAAGUACAUGGGCAGUGGUCCCAGCGGACUGUCGGUGAGACAAGACUCUGUUGUUGGAUCCAAAGACUCCCCUGAACAAACAGAGAAUAAUGAAAUUUAUUAUGUAUUCAAUCAGAAACUCCUGCAGCUGUGUGACCAGGUGCCAAAGAUACCCAAAAGGGCCAGUAUGGUGCACACCUUGAUCGAAGCCUAUGACCUUCUGGAUCACGUGACCCCGGUCUCUCCUGAGUUCGCCACGAAAGACGAGCUUCUAACCUUCCACUCUCAAGAGUACAUUGAGUUCUUAGAGAGGGUUAACUUAGAGGAGGACUCGGAGAAAGAUGAGGAACUCAAACAACAGUUUGGAUUAGGUUAUGACUGCCCCAGCCUGCCGCUGGUGUAUGACUUUGUGAGACUGGUGGCAGGUGCCUCUCUCAGCUGUGCCAAAGCUCUUAUUCAACAGAAAUGUAGGAUUGCAAUCAAUUGGAACGGGGGCUGGCACCAUGCAAGGAGGGAUGAAGCUGCUGGAUUCUGCUAUGUAAAUGACAUUGUUCUUGCCAUCUUAAAACUCAAGGAGCAUUUCAACCGGGUUCUCUAUGUUGAUCUGGAUCUCCAUCAUGGCGAUGCUGUGGAUGAUGCCUUCAUCUUCACUCCCAAAGUGAUGACUGUCUCUCUCCACAAAUUCUCUCCAGGUUUCUUUCCAGGUACUGGUAGUCUGAAUAGAGUAGGAGGAGGAAGAGGAAAGUUCUACACCAUCAGCGUCCCUCUCAAAGAUGGGAUCAAAGAUGAACAGUACUCGGACCUCUUCACCAGGGUGAUAGAGCAAGUGCGUGUCAAGUUCCAACCCAGCGUAGUAGUGGUCCAGUGUGGUGCUGAUACCCUCUCGUCUGACCCCAUGCAGUCCUUUAACCUCACCCCUCUGGGGGUGGGGCAGUGUGUGUCCAGGGUUCUGUCAUGGAAGCUACCAACUCUCCUGUUGGGUGGGGGAGGGUAUAACAUGGCCAACACAGCCAGGUGCUGGUCCUACCUAACAGGUCUAGUCCUAGGACAGAAGCUACCAUCAGAGAUCCCGGACCAUGAGUUUUUCUUGGAGUAUGGACCAGGUUAUCAGCUUGAAGUGUGCCCUGCCCACUACACAAACUACAACACAGUGGAAUACAUGGAGACAGUUGCUAAGGCUAUCACGAAGAAUUUAGAGAAUGUGAGAUGAUUGCAGGAUUGUAUACCAAAGAACCAAAGACUAAGCGGCAGUGAUGUGCUAUGAGACGGUCAGUAUGGACAUAAUUCAGAUGUAUAUGUAUGGAUCGAUGGAUGGAUAGAUAACUAGUAGUCAAUGGAAGAUUGGUAUCUUGGAUGAGCAGAGGUGGAGGGACCCGUUUCACAAAGCCAUUUGUCAAUGACAAAUGACAAAAAUCAGUGACAAAACUGCUGAUAACCAACCAGAAGCUAGGAUUUCACUAGCUUAUAACAAAAAAACUGUAUUUUGUCACUGAUGACAAGUUCUGUGAAAUGGGGCCCAGAUCCUUCGGUGCUACCUGUACCUGGGCAUUUACCCUCACCUUGGGUUGCUAGCACUAAGCAUUAUGGGACUUUAGUGAGAGAAACAUGAAGUGUGAAUCCUCCCUGAUAAGGGUAUAGUGGUUACAAGGGUAAUAUACGAAAGCUUAAACGUGGAGCGAGAAGGCUACUUGUUUAAGUCGCCAAGGCACCUUGUUUUAGACGAGAAGGCAAGAAGGCGAGUUUUUAAAACUCGCCACAGCACCUGUGACUUUGACGAGUGUCUUUUGGCGAGUAUUUUGUUGUAAGGGCAUUCUAGUACGUCAUUUAUUUAUACAAGUAAGAUUUAUGAAUGAAAACGGUGUAGGUGUGAUUUAAGAUGAAUUUACCACUUUCUCACGGAAGCUGAAUAGAUGAAACUCGGUUAGAGAAUGGAAUCAUGUCACUUGCUUACCAUGAGCGAGGGGAGAUAUUAUUUUAGUCUGUUCCUGUGCAAUUUAUUUUAUGAUACAGCACCCAAAAAGGAAUUAUAAGGAGUGUUAGCACUAGUUCACUUUUUAAAACUUGUUUAUAGGCCUGUGGUUGUUCAAUGAAAUGGAAAAACAGAUAUUAAAUUUUUAAAGUAAAGUGAAGUUUUACUCUCCUAACGGUUUAUAAAUGCAAUAUCGCCGUCAUCUAUGAUGAAAUGAUUUUUUAAAUUCAAUAUCUCUCAUUUUUUCAAAUUGUGAUUUUCU